AUCCUAACUGCGGCAAGAUGAUUGGGCUUGUGGCUUUUCUGUCCUGCAUUGGGCUCAUCUGGGCUGAAGAACCCUUCAACCAUAGAGUGCACAAUGAGCGAGUCAUCGGAGGCAGCAAUGCUGAACCCAACACCUGGAAAUGGCAGAUUUCUCUCCAGUAUGAUUCAUACGGGGAUGGGUCUUACUAUCACUUAUGUGGAGGCUCUAUCAUUGAUGGUUUCCAUGUGAUGACAGCAGCUCACUGUAUCCUCAGUAAUGAUCCUACUGGGUACCGUGUGGUCGCUGGUGAGUACAACCUGUAUGAGUACGAUGGCAGUGAGCAGUUCAUCAGUGUGGACAGGAUCCACGUCCAUCCCGGUUGGAAUGGAGACCUUGGCAAAGGCAACGACAUCGCUAUCCUGAGACUGUCUGUGCCUGUGUAUGACAACGGCUAUGUGACUAUUGCUGAGCUCCCCUCUCCUGAACAGAUGCUGCCUCAUGACUUCACCUGUCAAAUUACCGGCUGGGGUCUUAUGGACUAUUAUGGAACCACUCCUGAAAUCCUGCAGGUAGCUCCUAUCAGGGUGGUGGAGCAUUCAAUCUGCUCUCAGCCUGAGUGGUGGGGUACCAUUGCUCUGAAAACCAUGGUGUGUGCUGGAGGAGAUGGAGUCAUUUCAGGCUGCCAGGGCGACUCUGGAGGCCCCCUGAACUGUUUCAUCGAUGGAGCCUGGAGGGUCCACGGUGUCGUCAGUUACGGACCAGCUGGCAUGUGCAACCAAGUGAGGAAGCCCACUGUCUUCACCAGGGUCUCUUUCUUCCAAGACUGGAUCUAUUCAGUUCUCGGAUAUUGAAGGAAAUGUGAUUUUCCACCCUGUCAAAUGGAACCAGUGAAAUAAAAUGAACAUGCAUCUCA